AUGUACAUCAAGACCCUCACCAUCCAGGGCUUCAAGUCGUAUCGAGACCAGACCGCCGUAGAGCCGUUUUCUCCGCAUCACAAUGUGGUCGUCGGUCGAAAUGGUUCGGGCAAGUCCAACUUCUUCUCGGCCAUCCGAUUCGUGCUUUCUGACGCCUACACCUCCAUGUCGCGUGAGGAAAGGCAGUCGCUCCUCCAUGACAGCUCGAGCUCUACCUCGGCUACGCUUUCUGCUUUCGUAGAAAUCGUGUUUGACAAUAGUGACAACCGCUUCCCCACCAACGGUACCGAAGUCAUCCUCCGAAGAACCAUCGGUCUCAAAAAGGACGAGUAUAGCAUCGACCGCAAGUCCGCCUCGAAAGCCGAUGUGGCCAACCUGCUCGAGUCCGCCGGCUUCUCUCGCAGCAACCCGUACUACAUUGUUCCUCAGGGCAGGAUCACCCACCUCACUAAUGCAAAGGAUCACGAGCGUCUCGGUCUGCUCAAAGAAGUGGCCGGUACGCGUGUCUACGAACAGCGCCGAGCCGAGUCGCUCAAGAUCAUGGAAGAUACGAGUGCAAAGCGAUCCAAGAUCGAUGAUCUGCUCAAAUACAUCGAAAGCCGUCUGCGCGAACUCGACGACGAAAAGGAGGAGCUUCGCGAAUACUACGAAAAGGACCGCGAGCGCAGAUGUAUCGAGUACAGCUUGCACCAGCGCGAGCUUGCCGAGUGUGCCGAGCUGCUUGAAAAGCUCGAAGAGGAGCGUAGACGCGACGUCGACGCUUCCAACCUCCGACGAAGCGAGUUCAACGAGCGCGAAAAGCUGCUCGCGCGCCUUGAAGCAGAACUCGCCGAAACCGGUCAGACUAUCGAGCAGCGCACGCUUGAAAAAAAUCAGCUCGAGCACGAGAGGCGUGAUGUUGCCAAGCAUCUUGCGCAGAUCGAGUCGCUCGUCGAAGAACUCGAAGAGGUCGGCGAAAAGCGUGCCGAUCGACGCGGCGCACUCGAGACCGAACUCGCGCGUAUCCGUGUCGAGAUCCAGCAGAAGCAAGCGCAGCUCGAGCAGCUUCGACCUCACCUCGAUGCGCUCCACGCGCAAGCCGAGCAGCUGCGUACCGCCCUCGAAGAGACAAAGGCACGAGUCUCGGCACUGUACUCCAAGCAAGGUCGUUCGGCUCAGUUCCGCAACCAGCAGGAUCGUGACGAAUACCUGCGAUCCAAGAUCGGCAGUCUCGACCAAUUCCUGCGCUCACAGCAGAUGCGCAUGGACGAGACCGGUCGCGAACGUGCAAGCAUCAUAGAGCAGAGGAACGCGACGCUUCGCAAGAUCCAAGAGACCGAGGAAAGCCUCGAAAGCCGAAAGGACACAGUUCAGCAGUUGGCCAACGAAUACGCCGCCAAGCGAGACCGCCGUGACGAGCUUUCGGAAAUACGCAAGGACCUGUGGAAGGAGGAAGAGUCGCUCCGAUCUUCGCUCGCAUUCGCCGGUACCGAGCUUUCCAACGCACAGCGCAAACUGGUAGGCAUGAUGGACAAGGCUACCGUUCAGGGUUUGCUCUCUGUAGAAAAGACGGCCGAACAGCUCGGAUUGAAGGACAACGUCAAGGGUCCCAUCUACCAGCUGUUUUCGGUGGACGACACGUACAAAACACCCGUCGAGGUGGUCGCUGGUGCUUCGCUCUUCCACGUGGUUGUCGACACGGAUGAAACUGCAAGCAGACUGCUCGAAGUCAUGAACCGCGAAAAGAGUGGUCGCGUCACCUUUAUGCCUCUGAACCGAUUACGUCCCAAGGAGAUCGACUUUGCCACGACGCAAGAUGCGGUUCCGAUUGUCAAGAAGCUUCGGUUCGACAAGGCACUGACGCCCGCAUUCCAGCAGAUUUUCGGACGCAGCAUUGUCUGCCAGAACCUCGAGAUCGCCGCGGCGUACGUGCGCAGUCACGGUGUGAAUGCGGUCACACUGGAUGGUGACAAGGUUGAGCGCAAGGGAGCGCUUUCCGGUGGUUACCAGGACCCAAGACGAAGUCGACUGGAUGCGGUUAUGGAUGUACGCAAGUGGAAGACGCAGAGCGAGGCGGACACGGCCAAGCAGGAUGAGGUUCGACGGCGAUUGACCGAGAUCGAGCAGGAGAUCACGAGCCUGAUGGGCGAAAUGUACACGUUGCAGCAUCGACGCGACGAAGCGCGAAACUCGCGUGGUCCGCUCACGGACCAGCUGCAGCGUGCACGUGUCGAGGCGGAAGACCUCGCGCAGCGCCUGCACAGCAUCGAACGUCGCGAAGCCGACCAGAGUCUCGAGCUGAAAGCAGCACAGACGGAGCGAGCCGGAUUGCAAGAGGAGCUGAGCACGCCUAUGUCACAAGGUCUCACCACGCAAGAAGCUGCUCAGCUCGAAACACUGCAUUCGCGUCAAGACCUGCAGAAGCGUGAGCUAGCAGACAAGUCUAACGCGUUGUCCGAGCUCGAGAAUCAACGCUCGAUGCUCGAGAUUGAUCUGGACGAGAACCUGCGUCGACGACAGGAAGAGAUUGGAAUGCAGCUCGAGGCGCUCGGCGAGUCUCUAGGUGGCGACGAUGCGGCUACUGCAUCAGGUACCCAGGAUGUUUCGGCUCGCAAGCGCGAGAUCGAGGCGCUCCGACGUCGCAUCGCUGAGCGCGAAAAACGCAUCAAAGCGAUCGAAACUGAACUCGAUCAUCUCUCGCAAUCGAUCCAAGACACACAGGCCAAGUACGAAAAGACCAAAGCGGACCAGGCGGAAGAUGCGCGAAGCAUCGCUCGUCAACAGAAGAACGUAGAGCGAUACCUGUCGAAACGCUCUCGUCUGUUGGAACAGCGCGAUCGGUGCAAUCAAGAUAUUCGCGAUCUCGGCGUCCUACCGGAAGAAGCGUUUGAAAAGUACAUCAACACGAAUGCGGACAAACUGCUCAAGAACCUGCACAAGGUCAACGAGAGGCUGAAAAAGUAUUCGCACGUCAACAAGAAGGCGGUGGAGCAGUACAACUCGUUUACCAAGCAGCGCGAUCAGCUGUUGGAGCGCAGGGGCGAGCUCGAGCAGAGCGCCGAGAGCAUCCAGGAGUUGAUCGAUGUGUUGGACCAGAGGAAGGACGAGGCGAUCGAGCGCACGUUCAAGCAGGUGAGCAAGUACUUUGAAGAGGUGUUUGAAAAGCUCGUCCCUGCCGGACGCGGACGCUUGAUCAUGCAGCGACGAGCCGACAUCGCUGGCGGCGGCAGUGGCGGGGGCGGCGGUGUCGCCGACGAGUCCGAGGACGAUGGCGCACCAGUAGAGUCGUAUACGGGCGUCUCGAUCAAGGUGAGCUUCAACUCGAAGCUCGACGAAGGACUGCGUAUUCAACAGCUGUCCGGCGGACAGAAAUCGCUCGUCGCUUUGGCUACUGUAUUUGCCAUUCAAAAAUGCGAUCCUGCACCGUUCUACUUGUUCGACGAGAUCGACGCGAAUCUCGAUGCACUUUACCGGACCGCAGUGGCCAACAUGAUCAAGGAGCUCGCUGAGAACGCGCAGUUUAUCACAACUACGUUCAGACCCGAGAUGGUGACAGUGGCCAAGAAGCACUACGGUGUGCUGUUCGAUGCUAACAAGGUCAGCAGUAUCAGGAGUAUUAGUAGGGACGAGGCGCAUGAGUUUGUCGAGGCGGCGGCUACUACUGAGCCUGCUCGUUGA